AUGAAGCCAGAUACCCGCGGUCUUACUAGAGAAUUCUGCAAAUUAACAAAUACCUCAUCAAAAACUGCACUCAGUUGGUUAAAACAGUAUGACUUUGACAUAGAUCUUGCUUGCCUUCAGUGGGCUGAAAAGGAAUCCAAAGCUGAGGCCGAGAAAAGCAUCCACGGGCUAUUUGACCAGUUUAAAUCUUCCGAGGAUGCCGAUUUAAUUGAUUUUGAUGGAUCUGCCAAGUUGUUUGAGACUUUAGGUGUUUCGUUUGAAGACCCAGAGACGUUGUUGAUUUCUUAUUUGCUUCAGUCUCCCAAUAUGGGUGAAUUUAUACGGGAAAAAUUUGUUCAAGGAUGUUCUACCCUCUCUAUUUCCAACCUGUCCGACCUAAAAAAUGCUGUCGACCAAAAGAAAUCUCUCUGGAAAUCGGAUCGUGCGCUCCAAAAAGCCGUCUACAUUUACUCAUAUCCUCUUGCCUGCGAUAAAGGAAAAAAGAACCUCAGUACUGGAAUUGCUAUUGAGCUUUUGCAAGUCCUCUUGAAAGACUUUUUCCCUUUGCUUGAUCAUUGGGUCGAUUUCUUGCAAAAUUCACCCAUCAUGGAUCGAGCUUUGCCCAAAGACACUUGGAACGAAUUAUGGGAUUUCUCACUUUAUACAAAAGUGUCUCCGGAUUGCUCAGAUUAUGAUUUUGAAGGUGCUUGGCCAACUCUUAUAGACGAAUUUGUUGUUUACUAUCGAAAACAGGUUCUGAAUCUUUCCGAGUAUUUAUAA